AAGGCCGCCAAUAGGGGGGUCUACAGCGGCCGCUCCCCGCUUCUCCACCGGCGCCUCCGCCAGCUUCUCGAUGGUCCUAGGGUCAAGUUUCUUCUCUUUCUUUGCCUUCUUUGCCUCCUUGUUUUGUUCGCCUCCAGGCUCGAUUCUUUGAUGGGUUGGAACCCUCACUACCCUUCUUUCGUCUCUUCUCCUGGCAGAGGUGGCUACACAGUACUCAUCAACACAUGGAAACGAAAUUCUCUUCUUAAGCAAUCUGUUGCUCAUUAUGCAUCCUGUGGUGGGACUGAUGCGAUACAUGUAGUGUGGAGUGAAAGUGAUCCGCCAUCACAUAGUCUAAAAGCAUACCUUAAUAAUAUUGUGCUGUCAAAGUCACAGACAUCUCAGAAAACCAACUUCAAGUUUGACAUAAAUAAGGAGGAUAAUUUAAACAAAAGAUUUAAGCCAAUUGAAGAUCUCAAAACAGAUGCAAUUUUUUCAGUCGAUGUUGAUGUAAUUGUUCCGUGCCGUACCCUGGAUUUUGCAUUUGCUGUAUGGCAAACUGCUCCAUUUACUAUGGUGGGAUUUGUUCCUCGCAUGCAUUGGCUGGAUCAGGAGAAAAAUGGCAUCACAUAUUUCAAGUAUGAAGGAUGGUGGUCAGUUUGGUGGAUGGGCACUUACAGUAUGGUUCUCUCCAAAGCAGCAUUCUUUCACAGGAAGUAUUUAGAUUUGUACACUCAUAAAAUGCCCUCGUCGAUUUAUGAUUACAUAACCAGAGAGAGAAGCUGUGAAGACAUUGCAAUGUCCCUGCUUAUUGCAAAUGCCACUGAUGCGCCCCCAAUAUGGGUCAAAGGGAAGAUAUAUGAGAUUGGAUCAUCAGGCAUAAGCAGUCUAAUAGGGCACAGCAAUAGAAGAAAUAAAUGCCUGAAUGAUUUCAUCUCCCUGUAUGGGACGAUGCCUCUUGUACCAACUAACGUAAAAGCUGUUGAUGCAAGACAUGAAUGGUUCUGGUAAAGAAGCUGAUUGAUUUGUUUGGCACCCACGGUCCUGGGACUGUUGCACACGAUCACAGUUUGUUCAGUAUUUUGUGCAUCGUUCUCUUAGAGUGAAUACCCUAUUUAGCAAACACUUAAUUUGAUGUUUACACAACUCUUCCCGCUUGCAUUUUGAACUUUCCACUUGUAUAUGUUUAGGGUCUUUGUAUUUCUUUGGCUUAUUGAUUUUGUUGUAAUUUUUUAACUAUUUGUUGGACUUUUUAUUCAUAGUUAAACUUUCAAUUGAUGUAAGUUCUCAUGA